CAAGUCUCUCCUCCAGUCAUCUUUCUCGAUCCUCACGCCAACAAAGUGUUCCAUUCCCGGGACAAGUCGGUUCCCCUCCAUGCUGCUAAGCUUCUCUCCUUUCCUCGCCGCAACGGAACAUUUGGGGGCCACCUGAACGUUCCUACAUACUUCCUAAGUUCCUACACUUCCUGCUUAGGCUUUUUCUCGCACUUGAACGAGAUCGCGGAGGGAUUUUUUUACGCCUUGAAUCACUUCGAAGAAAACCAAAAUAGCGUCAAGCAGCGAUGGCAGGUUUGAACUCUCUGGAUGCUGUCAAGAGGAAGAUUCAGUGUUUGCAGCAGCAGGCGGACGACGCCGAGGACCGGGCUCAGGUCCUCCAGAGAGAGCUGGACGGCGAACGGGAGCUCCGGGAGAAAGCGGAGGGAGAUGUUGCAGCUCUGAAUCGUCGCAUCCAGCUGGUGGAGGAGGAGUUGGACCGGGCCCAGGAGAGGCUGGCCACAGCGCUGCAGAAACUGGAGGAGGCCGAGAAGGCUGCGGACGAGAGUGAGAGAGGGAUGAAGGUGAUAGAAACCCGAGCCAUGAAGGACGAGGAGAAGAUGGAGAUCCAGGAGAUGCAGCUGAAGGAGGCCAAGCACAUUGCAGAAGAGGCCGACCGCAAAUACGAAGAAGUUGCUCGCAAGCUGGUCAUCCUGGAGUUAGACCUGGAACGAGCCGAGGAGAGGGCCGAGCUCUCUGAAUGUAAAGCCAGCGACCUGGAAGAAGAGCUGAAAAAUGUCACCAACAACCUGAAGUCCUUAGAAGCCCAGUCCGAGAAGUACUCGGAGAAAGAAGACAAGUACGAGGAGGAGAUCAAAGUUCUGACUGACAAACUGAAGGAGGCUGAAACCCGUGCAGAGUUUGCAGAGAGAACCGUGGCCAAGCUGGAAAAGUCCAUCGAUGACCUGGAAGAGAAAUUGUCACAUGCUAAGGAGGAGAAUCUGGGUAUGCAUCAAGUCCUGGACCAGACUCUGCAGGAACUGAACAGCUUAUAAACGCACACGCACACACCCCCACGGAGAAAUGUUGAGACGUAACAUUCCAUUUAAGUUGGACUCCGUAAUAAAAUGUGUCUUCCCCGUGCAAAGGAGGAUGAAGUUAAUAUCCCCUCGUGGUCUUUUUCUUGUUUUUUGUAAGGAGAAACUUUAGUUGUUUUUUUAAGACAGGAAGUUAAAGCACACUCGAGCUGCACCAAUGUUAGUCGAGUCGUAAGAAACACACAAGCACACGCAGAUAAGGUUGUUGGGCUCGUGUGCGUCUCCUGGUGGUGAAUGCAGGUAGUGAACAGGCCGUGCUGUCCCUCAUUGGAGGAUGCAUCCUUCAUUCAACACGAGCAGCUUCAUGAUCAGGCCCUCAGUAGUACACUAACCUUUUUUAUUCUUUAAUUGCAACAAUGUAGCCUUUUGUCUUUUUCUACCCUAAAAUAUCGAUGCCAUGACCUGAUCGAUCCCCAAACCACGAAGCUUGAUGUGUGUCGUACUGUAGAUCACGAACCUUCCAGACCAAAGAAACUUGCACAACACCUGUAUUUGUUCAUGUCACCUCAUGCUCUCAUACAACACCACCAAGUGUCAGCUAAUAAACAUGCUGUGACCUUU